UUUCUGAGUAGUUCUUCCUCCCACCUACACAAACCAAGUGAAAAAUAUAUCGUUAAAUUUGAGUGUUUAUUGUGGAAUUAGAUUACGUUCUGAUACGAGCAGUACAUUGGAGUUUCGUCCGAUGUAGUGAAUAUGUUUUAUGUUGGGGUAUUCCAAGUAUAAUAAAUAUAAACAAAAUUCAUUGCUAAUCUUUGUUUGUGUCUUGCUUUGACAAGAGUUUGGAUUUUAGCGGGCUCGAAGGAGUUCUGUGCAUCGAAGGGUACUACAACUUUAUACCAACCGAGGAAAUAACUUCAGCCUUUUUUAACGCGCUGCUAAUUGGAUACGCAGAUGGCUGACAGCAAAGACAAGCCAGUGAAACCUAAAACAACUCCAGUCAAGUCGCCAAGCAAACCUGGCACACCUAUUAAACUGAAUAAUCAUGCAAAGGAGAGCAGCCCAAGAAGAAGGCCACCUUCUGUAACAAAUGGUACACAUGAAAAGGCAGGUGUAGCAGCUGAACUGAGUGCCCUGGAAGAAGCAUUUAGAAAGUUUGCCAUACAUGGAGAAACUCGAAGUCUGGGACGGGAAAUGAAUGGGAAAAACUGGUCAAAGCUAUGCAGAGACUGCUACGUAAUAGAUGGGAAAAAUGUGACCACCACAGAUGUAGAUAUUGUUUUCACAAAAGUCAAGGUAAAGACUUCCAGGACCAUUACGUUUGAUCAGUUUAAGGAUGCCAUUGGUGAACUUGCCAAAAAGCGUUUUAAAGAUAAGAACAGCGAGGAAGCUACUCAAGAGAUUUACAAGCUGAUUGAAGGGAAAACACCAGUUGUAUCUGGUGUAACGAAAACUAUUGAAUCUCCAACUGUAUCAAGACUCACUGACACUUCGAAGUUCACUGGUUCUCAUAAAGAGAGAUUUGAUGAGACAGGAAAAGGGAAAGGCAAAGCUGGACGAGAAGACUUGGUGGAUAAUACAGGCUAUGUCUCUGGCUACAGGCACGCUGGAACAUAUGAAAAAAAAGUACAGGGCAGUAAACUGUUGUGAAGAAUGUGCUAGCAAUAUGUACUGUCCAAAAAUGCCCAAAGGAAAUGCCCGUCAACACAGAAGUCAAACUUUCAGCUCUCUGCCACUUCGUUACAUUCCCAUGUUUCCUUUGGCUAAGUAUGUACGAUUCUAAUGCGACAAAUAACAACUGUAGCGGAGAGUUUGAAUUUUUUUUUCUGACGGUCUUUAUCUACUGUGGUGUUUGACUGAAGCUGUGCCUUAGUUGCUACUGUUGUAUUUAUAUAUAUUGAAGCAAAAAUGUGAAAAAUUAAGAUUGAAAAGCAGUAAAAAAAAAAAAAUCAAAACUGCAUUUUAUUUCUUAAACUGUACUAGAGUUCAAAAAUUGUGUCUCUGUCAUGUAAAACACAGUGCAGAAUUCAUAGUAGCAUUGAAUUUCUGUUCAUGUUGCAUAUCUAGACAGGAUAAUAAGAUGAAGACAAGCCACAGCAAGAGUAAUCCUAAGUGCCUGCAAUGAUGGGUAACCAGAAACACCCGUUUGAUAUUUUCAUGCCAUUGUCUGGGCUUGUGAACUUGUAAAACUUGUAUCAUGGAGUUAACAUGGAACAUCAUUGCAGAGCCUGCCAUUAAUAAACAAAGUGUGUUGGGAUACUUUUAGUCGUAGUUUUAGUAACUCAUUUAGAGAAAAACAAAAAGAUUGUUGAUGUAUUUUCUAAUUGAUGGAUUCCAGCUUCUUUUAAGUAGCACUGUUGUGGAAGCCAUUGAAGUUGCAUUGACAUUUCCGUUUUACUGCGUUAUCUAAGUUUGUGCCAUUUUAAUCGAUUAUUUGUAAGUCAUUACUUGGGUGUACAUGGACAGAACAGAGAGGCAGAUGGUGAAGAGUCACUAUGAGAUGUAGUGGAUGUAAAGUCUGCUGCACGAGAUGAUUUGUGCUACUUAAUAUCUCUGUUCAGGCUUUGUAUCAGGCCAACUGUAUCCAGUCAGAUCUGAAAAGAAUUGUAAUUCUGGCUCCAAAUGCGAGAGUCGUUUAAAUCGACAGGCAUACAUUUAGCAAACAUCACAUUUUUGUAGUAGCAGUAAAUAGGCUAACUCCAGUGGGCACUGGGUGUUUUUGGUUUGGGACAGCCUUGAUGUUAACAGUAUAAAAUUCGAGGCGCAUUAGGUUUUUCCAAGUAUCACAGUGAAAAAUCACUGCAUCAUUUGAGUUGGUGCCAGUUCAUGUGUAGAACACAUUGUGUUUCUGCAGAUACAUAGUUGGAGUUGGAGUAGUGCAACCCGGGAAUUGCUGAGCCUUUCCUUUUUUUUUUCUAUCAGAAAAUGAUUUUUUUGUGAAACAGGAAACUAUUAGAGGAGAGUUGGCCAAUCCAGUUAACACAGUUCUUUUCAUUUGUAUGCAACAAAAACAGUACUACAAAUUUCACACCUUUCCAGCACUACUUUGGGUAUUUUCCUGUUCUGCAAGAUUGAGGAUAAAGUAACAUUAGAAGUGCAGCAGGACAGAAAUGUAAAGAAAAAGACUCAGUGGAUAUCCAAGGAUGUGGUACUUGUUUCGAUAGGGAGCAGAGUCCCAAAGUAGUGUGGAAUGGGUCAGGGUAGCAAUGUAAAGUGAGAUAUAUGCUUGAUGACCUGAACUUUAGUGUGUGUAAAAUAAAGUAUUUUAAUCUUGUCGUCUUGAGUACAAAUGUAGCAUGUAUGGUAGACGUAUCUAGGAUUACCUUCUUGUUCUUUGUACUACUACUGUCACUGUUUUCAGAUGACCUAGUGAGUAACAGCUUUGUUUUCAGACUGAAGUUACAUUUAAUGGGAAAUUAAACUGAAUUUCAUUUAAGAGGCUGUUGCUAUUGCUUUUCAUGAUUAUUGAAAAACAAAGUUGAUGCGACCAGAACCACAUAUAAAAUAUACAAACACACACACAGACACACACCGUCAUGUCUUUCCUGCCAUUUGUUGUAUGUUUAUUUAUAGCUAGCAGAAAAAUUCACUUUUAUAUAAACAUGUAAACCGUUUUGUAGCAGAUUGCCAAUGAUUUUAGUUUUGUUGUUUCCAAGUUAAAACAAGUUGACAUUGCUAUUUAAUUUGUCACAAAACAUAUUUCUAAUAAUGUACAGUGGAAACACAGUUCUUUAGCUAAAAGAAAACAUGACUGGGCAUCUGUUUUCACUGGGAAAGGGGAGACACAAAUUUGGUGCACAUCUACUGAAAAGCGCAUUUCAAUUUCUGUUUUUAUGAAUAAUGGGCUAUAAAGAGGGCUUAUUGUAAUAGUAAGUACCAGUUCCAGCCACUUCGCUCCUUAAUAUGAGGGCCUUUUCAGCUCAGACACCCCCGGUUAACAAAUGCAAAAUAAAAAUAAAUAAAUAAAUAUGCUUAUCAUCCCAUUACCACUUAGACUCGAUGUAACCCUUCCAAAAUGCCAGUAGCAAUCUUUUACUUGAUAUUCAAGGGAAACCUCAUUCUGGUACGAUCUUAAAAACAGUUCCCUUAAAAGUAAGAUGCGACUGCAAGACAGAAGUACUGUAAUUCAACUUAAUUUGUCUUCCUUGUAGUGAAUAUGUCUUUAAAGAGAUUUUUAUAUUUUGACAUAUGUCUCUGGUAUGUUUUAUUAAUGUACACUUCUAAUGAAGAGUCUGCAAAGAGUGAUAAAAUUAAUUUAAAUGGAAGGUCACUCCCUUCUAGGUUAACUGGUUUAAGUAAUAAAAGAAUAAGUGAUGUACAAGUCUAAUGUGUGUUUACUAUGUUUUAGAAAUGCUAAAGUAGCAUGUGUUAGUAUGCAACUAAACAUUCCAAAGGACAGGGAUACAACCUUGCUAGGUAUGACACAGCUGAUUAAUGAAGUAUUGCAUUUAGACCCCUCUUCAUUAUUCAUCUGUGGGCAAGAAAUAAGCAUUAUAUUGUUCAGGGGUAAACCAUAACUAAACAAGUACUGUCUGCUUGCUUUGAAAAUUCUAAAAGAUAGAAAUGAAAGCCAAACACGUUGCCAAAUAAACGUCUGUAUUAUAGUUGUUUUUUUGUUUGUGUAUUUUGACUGCUAAGCACUGUAAUUUCCAGUGAGCUUCUAGCUCAUAAAUGUGUUAUAUUUUUGAUUUUUGCUAGAUGAA